AUGGCAGAUAAAGUUUGUAUUAUUACAGGUUCAAAUGAAGGAAUUGGAAAGGAAACAGCCAAGGCAAUGGCUAAACAUAUGAUGAAAGUUAUUAUGGCAUGCAGAAAUACGGAGAAAUGUGAGGCUGCUGCAAAAGAGGUCAGAGAAGCAUCAAAGAAUGACGAUGUCGUUUGUAUGAAGUUGGAUUUGAAUUCAUUGCAAUCGGUGAGAGAAUUCGUACAGAAUUUCAAGGCCAUGAAUCUACCACUAAACUAUCUGAUAAAUAAUGCCGGUAUCUGGACUGGUCCUCACUCGACCACUGAAGACGGUUUCGAGACAAUGUUUGGUGUCAAUCAUCUCGGUCACUUCUUACUCACAAACCUCUUGCUUGACAAACUGGAAGCAAGUACCAACCCACGUAUUGUUGUGGUAUCAUCACGUGCACAUGCACGUGCCAAUCUUAAUAUCAACAACCUCUCUGUGAGCGCCAAAGACUACUCAUCAACUGCAGACUACGGACGUUCAAAGUUAUGUAAUUUAAUGUUUUCCUAUGAGUUACAACGUCGUCUCGAUGCCAAAGGAUCAAAGAUCGUUGUCAAUGCACUUCACCCAGGUGUUGUACACACCAAUUUGUUUAACACUUUCCCAAUGCUCGACUGGGUGAUCUUCCCAUUGGCAUCGUUCUUCUUGACCAAAGCAACAGAGUCGGCAGAGGCAAGCGAGGCAUUGGCACUUGGUACAGCUUCACAUCUCCAAGGUGUCAAAGGUAAAUACUUUAGUGUAAAAGAUCAAGUAGAGUCAUCUGCCUUCUCAAAGAAAGUAGAUAUUCAACAACAACUCUGGGAGAAAUCAUGUGAAAUGGUAAAGAUCCCAGUUGAUAUUCAAUUUGGUAACGAUGGUAUAGGGAAAUCAACAAAUAUGUAG